CCCACCCACCACACCUCCCACCGCAACUCAUAUCAACAUGUCUGUCAACGUCGGAAUCAACGGCUUCGGUCGAAUUGGACGAAUCGUCUUCCGAAAUGCCAUCGAGCACGGUAAAGCAAAGGUCGUCGCCAUCAACGACCCCUUCAUUGACCUCGAGUACAUGGUAUACAUGCUCAAGUACGACUCCACCCACGGCAAGUUCCCCGGUGAGGUCUCCACCAAGGACGGCAAGCUCGUCGUCAACGGCACUGCCAUCCAGGUCUUUGCCGAGCGUGACCCCGCCUCGAUCCCUUGGGGCUCUGCCAACGCCCACUACGUCGUCGAGUCGACUGGUGUCUUCACCACCACUGAGAAGGCCUCUGCCCACUUGAAGGGUGGUGCCAAGAAGGUCGUCAUCUCUGCCCCCUCUGCCGACGCCCCCAUGUACGUGUGCGGUGUCAACCUCGACUCCUACGACCCCAAGGUCGAGGUCGUGUCCAACGCCUCGUGCACCACCAACUGUCUCGCUCCCCUGGCCAAGGUCAUCAACGACAAGUUCGGCCUGGUCGAGGGUCUGAUGACCACUGUGCACGCCACCACUGCCACCCAGAAGACCGUCGAUGGUCCCUCUGGCAAGGACUGGCGAGGUGGCCGAUCGGCCUCUACCAACAUCAUCCCUUCGUCCACUGGUGCCGCCAAGGCCGUGGGCAAGGUCAUUCCUUCGCUGAACGGCAAGCUGACCGGUAUGGCCUUCCGAGUGCCCACCACCAACGUCAGUGUGGUGGACCUGACCUGCAGGCUGGAGAAGGGUGCUUCCUACGAUGAGAUCAAGGCCGAGGUGAAGCGUGCCUCUGAGAACGAGUACAAGGGUAUCCUGGGCUACACCGAGGACGCCAUUGUCUCCACCGACCUCAACGGAACCACCUACUCUUCGAUGUUCGAUGCUACUGCCGGCAUCUCGCUGAACAACAACUUUGUCAAGCUGGUCUCGUGGUACGACAACGAGAUGGGUUACUCUCGCCGUGUCAUUGACCUGCUGGUCUUCAUGGCCGAGAAGGACGCUUCCGCGUAGGUUGACCGUGGGCAUGUAGAGGUGGAUCAAAGGGAAUCAGAGCUACACUGCUCUGUGGAAAAUCAAGCAAUUGGGUCCUGACUCUGGGUCUCCCUUCUCCCUUUCUCUCUCCUUUCCCCUCUCUCUCUCUCCUGUGAUACUGCGCUUGGCUCUAUUGAUAGCACGUCGAAGCUAUGAAGCUGGAAUACUUGAUGGAAACCAAUGACAUCGUUGGCAUAGAC